CGAUAGAAGCAGCCACGCCCCUCUGUCAGAGUAUAGGAGACACGACCCUUUUUCAGACGAUAGGAGGAGACAUACCCCUCAAUCAGAUGAUAGGAGACACGCCUCUCAAUCAGAUGAUAGGAGGAGACACACCUCUUUUUCAGAUGAUAGGAGGAGACACGCCCUUUUUUCAGACGAUAGGAGACACACCCCUCUAUCAGAUGAUAGGAGGAGACACACCCCUCUAUCAGACGAUAGGAGGAGGUCAUUUGCGUUUAGAGCUCCUAAACCAAAUUUCAAACUGCCCCUCACUAAACCUCCGCCUGUAGUGACUGACCCAGUCAAUACUUCAUUCACUGAUGGAAAGAGAUUGGGUGUAUUCAAAAUAAUGACCCAAGAACAAUCUGUUCGGCCACCAGAUCCUUGGACUUUCAGGGAAGAUCAGUUGAAGAAAGAGAUAAGUUUCAUUAACCAGUACAAGCCAUUGAUGAACGAGUUUGAGCAGUUGAUGAAGGACUCACCACACGUCUGGAAGUAUCCAAUAGACAACCAGUUACCAAGUGAUGAAGACAAUGUUGGUUUUGAGGAUCACGUGUUCCUAAUGAAGCACAUUGAAGAUAAGGACUUGCCAAGAAAAGGCCCAGUUAGGCAUUUCAUGGAACUGGUUGCGACCGGACUCUCUAUGAAUCCCUACUACACUGCCCAGGAGAAGGUUGAGCACAUUGGAUGGUACAAAGACUAUUUUAAACAAUUCCCUAGGGACGAACUGGACUUGGAAUAAAACACCACUAUUGUUAUUAAAAUGUAUGUAUUA